AUAAGUAGGUACUUUUCGGAUCCCCAGUACUACUUCCAAGUGAAUGAUCAGUAUGUGAGAAACAAACUGAAAGUAGUUCUUUUCCCUUUCCUACACAGAGGUCAUUGGACAAGAAUCACUGAGCCAGUUGGUGGCAGGCUAUCCUAUAAGCCCCCUAUCUUUGACAUAAAUGCUCCGGAUUUGUACAUUCCGUUUAUGGCCUUCGGAACCUAUGUUGUUCUUGCUGGCUUAUCACUGGGUUUGCAGGGAAGGUUUAGCCCAGAAGCUCUCAGUUGGCUGUUUAUAAAGGGGUUGGUUGGCUGGUUUUUGCAAGUUUCGUUGCUGAAGAUGACAUUGUUCUCACUGGGUAGUGGAGAGGCUCCUCUCCUUGACAUUGUUUCAUAUGCAGGAUACGCUUUUACAGGAUUGUCCAUAGCUCUUUUGGGAACAAUUGUAUGGAACUAUUCUUACUACUUUUUGAUGCCAUGGACAUGCUUGUGCAUGGGAAUAUUUUUGGUGAAGACGAUGAAAAGAGUUCUCUUUGCAGAGGUGAGGACGUAUGAUUCAAGUAGGCAUCAUUAUCUCCUACUGUUUAUUGCCCUAGCUCAGUUCCCUCUUCUCUUUUGGCUUGGAAAGAUUAGCCUUAAUUGGUUCCUUUAAAUUACAUCUCAAGUUAUGUGGUUUGGCAGUUAGUAUGUUUUGGGAAGGGAAGCUACCAAUUUUCUGUAUGCCUCAUUACAUAGGCAUUUUAUUCUUGAAUGCUAGACAUGUAAAUGAGCUGAUUAGCCACUUAUUUUCCAUCAAAUGUAUACGAAAGAGCUUGUAACGGCUAGAGGCGUCUCACUGUGUUAUCAGAAAGUUCAGGAGAAGGAUUGAGAAAAUAUUUUUGUGGCACUUGUGUCGUAUCGAACUAGUUUUAUGCUCUCGUGUUUUUUAUCUUAUUCAGGUAGCUUCCAUUAAAUGAAAGUGAGACAUUUUGAUAUUC